AUGUGCAAACAUGAAGAAAGGAAAGAGCAACAAAGGGAGUCAGAGGUUAGAGAAGUUAGUCGAGGCACCGGAGGAGCUAAAGCAGAGAUAAAUAGGGAGGGGUGUUGGUCUCCUCCUCCUCGAGGAGUUUUGAAACUCAACACAGAUGGUUCUUCUCGAGGAAACCCUAGUCAUGCCGGUAAUGUUCAGUUUAUAUUUUCUGUUUAUAAGGGUCUUCGUACUAAAAAUUCGAUGGAGGCUCUUGUCAUUUUAUAUGUUGUGGAGCGUCGUUGUCAUCUUGGGUGGAGAAGGAUUAUUUGUGACUCUAAUUCUCAGGUGGUGGUGAAUUUGUUGAAUAAAUGGACUUUAGAUGAUGUUAGUUGGCAUUUAGCUUCGGUUGUUAAACAGAUUCUUAAUUUGUGUGCUUCUUUGGAUUCUAUUACUUUCAAUCAUAUUCCUAGAGAAUGGGACAGAGUAGCAGAUUGUUUGGCCAAAUGGGCUUCUGAUCAUAUGCAAAAUUGGAACAUUGUGGAUAGGGGUCAAUUACCUCUGGAUUUGUCUCAAAAGUUGGACCACUUAGUGGAGCUUGGCAAGGCUAUGUAA